AUGAAACGUCUACUGGUGAUCUUCGCUUUGGCUGUGGUUUGCAAUGCGCAAAACGAAGAUAAGAAGUUGAGUGAGAAGUUGAAAGGGAUCUUGAAUGCUGCUGGAAUUCAGAAAAAGCCCGGAGAAAUUGCUGAACUGAUCAGUUUGAUCAAGUAUGAUGUAAGUGAGCCCCUAGUUACAGUUGUCUUGUACAGCUUUUUAUAUCCGGUAUCUAUACAAAUAUACCCCAGGGAACCCAGAAAAAUUUUUAGGCUGCAAUCGGAUUCUAGGGCAUCUUAUAGCAGAGUAAAAUACGGUUGGUAUGGUUAUGAACUUGCUAUAUUUUACGUCCAGCUUUUUCAACUACAGUGCGGGACCUGAUCCAGUGGCACAAAACGUACCAUUUGGCAUCCAGGAAGCAUCAAAAAAUGUCGCAAAAUACCUCCCUAUUCAAGUUAAAAAACUUUGUUUUGAAGGGCGCGCCCGUUCUCUUACAAAAAUAGCGGGCCCGCUUUUUGGAAUCUAAGUUUUUUCGCUUGGAGGAGGAAGCAUUUUGCCACAUUUUCGGUACUCUCCGGAUGCAAAAUGAAAGGUUUUUUUGGCACUGGAUCAGGGCCUUCACUGUAGGUCCAAAAUGCUGUCAAGAUAUUGUCGAGGCUCUGCCUAAAUUGCAGUACAAUUCUCCUGAUUCAUUAUGACUCUUAUACGGUAUCUAAUAUCAUUCAUUUCUAGGCGAUUCGUCUCGCCAAUAAGUACAACCUCUAUGACGAAGUUGCGCCUCUGGUGCCGCAAGUCAUCCAUUCUCUUCUCGCCGUUCCCGAUAAUGAUCCACUUGGCGCGGGCCUUGCUCCUGUGGUUGGUGCUUUGAGCAAGGUCAGAGACACAUUGGUAUCCAAGGCUUCUCUUCUGGAGUUGCUGAAGAUCGAUUCCGAAAUUGCUCUUCUUAACAUCAUCCGCAAGGUGGGUGUUGUUGACGACUCGGUCUGUGCUUACAUGCUUUCUAGAGCCCAAUUCAAAGCACAAUUGUCGACAAUCUCUACGCAGUGUUUGACGCCGCCUAUCUCAACAAGAGCAAAGAAGAUUGCCGCCGAAUUAUUUUGGCUGUAGUCCAGGGCAGCUAUGAGGUCGGGGAGAAACUGAGCCAAAGUCCUCUGCACCAUGUAAACCGCUUUUUUAGUGACAUAUCCAAUAUUGACAAGCGCCAUCCGUUGGGUCCAACGCUUGAUCGGGUCCAAAAGAGCUUCAAGGAGCUGGCCUUGCACCUUUCGAGAUAUCUUUUGAUUCGUGGUCGCCCUAUCUUGCAAUAUCCUUUGUUUUCUUUUGAACUGAGCAAUUUAUUGGUGCAGGCCAAGAGCAGAGAAGAUGAUACCAUUCUGGAUGGCUUGAGUGGAAAUCAACUGUUGUUGUUCGAGCAGCUUGUCGAAGCUUUGAAGGACUUGAAACAUGAAUUGAAGUAA